UGGUUCUUGGCAGUGCAGCAAGCAGCUGAGAGCCUACAAAGCACAAGGGGCUGCUCUGAAACAGGAAGAGCAGUGCUCAGACCCUGCACUAUCAAUGCUAGAAAUGUAAUGUAUCGCUUAGCACUCACAGAGAAACAUAGCAGCACUGGGAGAUGUUCUGAUCACAAUCCUGCUCUCAAUAUGACUACAACAUAAAUUAAAUGAGUGGAGUUGCGUGACCAGGUGUUCACUGCAGCAAAGUUACUUGCUGAUGUGUUGUUGCAGUGUCAUGUGUUGUUGCAACUUUAUAAUCUGUGACGCUACAGAAAUGAGAUCAGUGGGUACUGUCAGCGUGUUUCCCUGCUGACAGAAAGCUGCACGGAUACUAAUGGCAGCAGGUCACAGCCCCUGCCUGGAGAAUCCCACAUUCUUGGACUGUGCACAAGCCAUCCUUUUUCCCACUGCCUGGCAGGGCUCUGUCUUCACUCUGUCCUCUGUUCUGACAGCACCAGGCACUUUUCUGUGCUCUGCGCACACAAUAAGUGCUUUUGAUCUUCUGUCGUCCCAGGAGAGGAUGAAGUGGUGAGAGGAUGGGGCAUUCUCCCGUAACAUUGUACAAUGGCCAGAGAAGAUUCUAUAAAGUGCUUACGCUGCCUUCUCUACGCCCUCAAUUUGCUUUUCUGGUUGAUGUCGAUAUGUGUUUUGGGAGUUUCCGCUUGGAUGAGGGACUACAUAAAUAAUGUGCUUACACUAACUGCAGAAACAAGGGUGGAGGAGGCAGUCAUUCUGACUUACUUUCCUGUGUUUCAUCCGGUCAUGAUCGCUGUCUGCUGUUUUCUUAUCAUUGUGGGGAUGCUGGGCUACUGUGGAACUGUAAAAAGCAACCUUCUUCUUCUUGCAUGGUAUUUCUGGAGCUUGCUAGUUAUUCUCUGCGUUGAGUUGGCAUGUGGUGUGUGGACAUACGAGCAGGAAAUGACGACUCCAGUUCAGUGGUCUGACAUGGUCAGUUUAAAAUCCAAAAUGCCAAAUUAUGGCUUACCCAGGUACCAGUGGCUGACAAACGCCUGGAAUUUCUUUCAGAGAGAGUACAAAUGCUGUGGAGUGGUGUAUUUAACGGACUGGUUAGAGGUCACAGAGAUGGAUUGGCCUCCAGAUUCCUGCUGCCUUAGAGAGUACCCCGGCUGUUCAAAACAAGCGCAUCAUGGGGAUCUUAGUGAUCUGUACCAAGAGGGUUGUGGAAGAAAAAUGUACAGUUUCCUGAGAGGAACCAAACAACUACAGGUGCUGAGAUUUCUGGGUAUUGCCAUUGGAGUUACACAGAUUCUAGCUAUGAUCCUUACUGUAACAUUGCUGUGGGCAUUAUAUUAUGAUCGGAAGGAUCCAACCACUAAUCAAAUAUUAAAUCAAGAAGUUACUCACCAUUUACCAUGCCAAACAGUAGAAUUAUUGAAACCAAACCUCGUGAGGAUUGUUGAACACAGAACUAUGACAAAUGGAUAUAACACAAACUUAGAAAUGGAAGAAUUAUAAUUGGUUCUAAAUCUGGAAAAAUAACCGGGCUGCCUUAUUUUGUGGAAUGUAAACACCAUUAAGAUGCUGCAAAUGAAAAAUGCAUCUAAUUAAUUUUAUUUGUCAGAUUUAUUGUAUACAACAUGCAAAUGGAGCGUUACAGAAUUUGUGCUUAAUUUAAAUAAUUUUAUUGACAAUUUGACAAUGUAAAUAACCAUUCAUAAGCAUGCUUGGUCUUUAUUUAGUCAUUAUUCAUAAUUUUAUAAAGUUAAUAAUUAUUAAUAGUCAAAUUUUGUCUUUGUGUUGAGAAACAAUUAUUUUUGUAAUAGUAGAAAUGUGGUGGUUCUCUAUAUCUAUAAUCUAUCUAUCUAUAUUUAUCUAUCUAGCUAUCUGUUUGUCUCUCUAUCAUCUAUCUAUCUAUCUAUCUAUCUAUCUAUCUAUCUAUCUAUCUAUCUAUCUAUCUAUCUAUCUAUCUAUCUAUCUAUCUAUCUAUCUCUCUCUCUAUUUAGCAUGCAAUUUUAAUUAACUUUCUAAUUUACUCCUAUUAUCAAUGUUUCUUUGUUCUCUUGCUAUAUUUAUUUAAAAAAGAAGGCAUCUAAGCUUGUAUCUUGGUUCAGAACUCUGGACAGCAGUUUUUGAUUGGUGGAUGAAUUUAUCCACCAAUCAGCAAGGACAACCUAGAUUGUUCACCAAAAAUGGGCCGGCAUCUAAACUUACAUUCUUGCAUUUCAAAUAAAGAUACCAAGAGACUAAAGAACAUUUGAUAAUAGGAGUAAAAAAGAAAGUUGCUUAAAAUGUUAUGCUCUAUCCAAAUCACGAAAGAAAACAUUUGGGUUCAGUGUCCCUUUAAGGGUCUAUGAUCAAGGCGUGAGCCGAAAUGCAUCAGGCUGUUUUUCUAUUGCAAGAUGAUUUUUUUUUAAAAUGUUUUUUUUCUUGUAUAUACAAUAAAUUGAAAAAAUAUA